CCCCGCCCGCCCCCGAGAUGCGGCCAUGGACCCUGCGGACCGGGCCUGCCGAGCCCAGCACCUGAUUUCGGUGAGAUGACCAAUCUGGCUGCCAGAGUGAACAAGCCAGCCUGCCUGCCAGGGCUUCACUCUCUUGUUCCCAGGCCCUGACACCCAAGGUCAUGGAACAGCCGGUGGGAGGCCCCGGAAACCUGAGGCCAGCGGCUGGUGACAGCGCCAGCAUGGAGCUCAGCACCUGCCAGGAGCUUCUGCACCGACUUCGGGAGCUGGAGGCAGAGAACUCAGCACUUGCCCAGGCCAAUGAGAACCAGCGGGAGACUUACGAACGCUGCCUGGAUGAGGUUGCCAACCACGUGGUGCAGGCACUGCUGAACCAGAAGGACCUGCGGGAGGAGUGCAUCAAGCUGAAGAAGAUGGUGUUCGACCUGGAGCGGCAGAACCAGAUGCUGAGCGCUCUGUUGCAGCAGAAGCUGCAGCUCACGGCCAGCUCCCUUCCUCAGAUCCCGCGCACGCCGCUGCAGCCACCGGCAGAACCGGCAGCCUCGCCAUCCCCAAGUGCUGCUGAGGGACCUGUCCCACCCUUAGGACACUGUGCUGGGCAAAGAGAGGUGUGCUGGGAGCAGCAGUUGCGGCCAGGAGGCCCAGGUCCCCCGGCCACUCCAUCCCCAGCGCUGGACGCCCUGUCCCCGUUUCUUCGGAAGAAAGCGCAGAUUUUAGAGGUGCUGCGAGCCUUGGAAGAGACCGACCCUUUGCUCUUGUGCUCACCUGCCACCCCGUGGCGGUCCACAGGCCAGGGCCCCAGCUCCCCAGAGCCCAUCAACGGCGAGCUCUGUGGCCCACCGCAGCCUGAACCCUCGCCCUGGGCACCACACCUGCUGCUCGGUCCUGGGGGCCUAGGAGCUCUGCUGCACUGGGGACGCCUCUUAGGGGGCUCUGGGGAAGAAGAAGGUAUCAGGCAGCCCUGGGCCCCCAGCAGCACCCCCCCUCCAGCCCAGGGCCCCAGCUCCUCUUCUUCCUCCGACGAAGCAGGUGACCCCGAUGAGGCCCCUAGCCCCGACACCCUGCUAGGGGCGCUGGCCCACAAGCAGUUAAAUCUGGGCCAACUCCUCGAGGACACAGAGACUUACCUCCAGGCUUUCCUGGCUGGGGCGACGGGCCCCCUCAGUGGCGACUACCCGGGUGCUGGGAAGCCAUCCUCACCAGAUCCAGGAUCCCCACAGGUGUCCAAGUCCAAAGGCCUCCCAAAGUCAGCUUGGGGUGGGAGCGCCCCCGAGGCCACCAGGCUGGGCUUUGGUGCUACCUCAGAGGGCCAGGGGCCCCUUCCAUUCCUCAGCAUGUUCAUGGGUGCAGGGGACGCCCCUCUGGGCUCACGGCCGGGCCACCCCCACUCUUCAUCUCAGGUGAAAAGCAAGCUCCAAAUCGUGCCCGCUUCUCCAGGGGAAGCCCAGGGACCCCUUCUGCCCUCUCCAGCCAGAGGUCUCAAGUUUCUCAAGCUGCCUCCACCCUCAGAGAAGGUCCCCAGCCCAGGAGGCCCCCAACUCAGUCCCCAGCUCCCUCGGAGUUCUCGAAUCCCUUGUCGCAACAGUGGUUCAGAUGGCAGCCCCUCCCCGCUGCUGGCCCGCAGGGGCCUGGGUGGUGGAGAGCUGUCUCCAGAGGGGCCACAGGGCCUGCCCAGCAGCCCUUCCCCCUGCUCUGCCAUCCCAGACUCUGUGCAGCUCAGACCCUCCCAGUCAGCCGUGUCCACUUCACUGUCUCCAGGACCUGCGGUGUCUCCCUGCCUUGAGAAAAUCCUGGAUCUUUCCCGGGGCACCUUCAGGGGUUCUUCCCCAGAGCCACCUCCAUCCCCGCUGCAGGUGCCCACCUACUCCCAGCUGACUCUGGAGGUACCCCAGCCCCCUGAGGUCCUCAGGAGCCCUGGCGCCCCUAGCCCUGGCCUCCCAGAACCCUGCCCCUAUGGGAGCCCCCAGGAGAAGGGUCUGGACAAGGCAGGCCCCGAGUCUCCCCAUCCUGGCCGCAGGACCCCAGGCGGCUCAUCCAAGAAGCCUGGCCAGGGAUCGGGGCGGCGACCUGGUGACCCGAGCCACACACCUCUUCGGGACAGAUUGGCAGCCCUUGGAAAACUGAAGACGGGCCCCGAGGGGCUUCCGGGUCCAGAAAGGAACGGAAUGCCAGCCCGGCCAAGCACUGAGAAGGCCAGGGCGCUAGGGCGGGCAGGCGAGAGUACUGGAGACAGGCCUCCCACCACGAGGCCUCUUGAGCAGCCAGAAGCUAAGGGCAUCUUGCGGGGAGCGGUGGCCUUAGGCACGAGCAGCCUGAAGCAGCAGGACCCUGGACUUCCAGACCCUGGUGCCAGAGUCUACUCUUCCCAUUCCAUGGGUGCUCGUGUGGACCUGGAGCCUGCCUCACCAAGGAGCUGCCUCACCAAAGUAGAGCUGGCCAAGAGCCGGCUAGCGGGGGCGCUGUGUCCCCAGAUGCCCCGCACGCCUGCAAAAGUGCCAACCUCAGCCCCUAGCCUGGGCAAGCCCAAGAGCCCUCACAGCAGCCCGACAAAGCUACCCUCCAAGUCACCCACCAAGGUGGUACCCCGCCCCGUGGCACCCAUGGGCACCAAGGAGCCCUCCAAGGCAGACAAAGGGAAGGGCCCACCCUGGGCAGACUGUGGCAGCACAGUUGGCCAGCCUACAUCCCCAGUCCCCGGCUCCACCGAGCCAAGCCAGGGCCCGGAAGGGCCAGUGCCACACUCGGCCAUCGAGGAGAAGGUGAUGAAGGGCAUCGAGGAGAACGUACUGCGCCUUCAAGGUCAGGAACGGGCUCCCGGCUCUGAGGCCAAGCACCGCAACACCAGCAGCAUCGCCAGCUGGUUUGGCCUUAAAAAGAGCAAGCUGCCAGCUCUGAACCGUCGCACAGAGGCUGCCAAGAACAAGGACGGAGCUGGCGGGGGCUCCCCGCUCCGGAAGGAAGUCAAGACAGAAGCCCGGAAGCUGGAGGCUGAGAGCCUCAACAUCUCCAAGCUGAUGGCGAAGGCGGAGGACCUGCGUCGGGCACUGGAGGAAGAGAAGGCCUACCUGAGCAGCAGAGCCCGCCCACGGCCUGCCGCCCCAGCCACAGUGCCCAGCUCAGGGCUGGGGCAGAUGCAGGGUCAGCUGGCCGGCAUGUGUCAGGGUGCAGACACCUUCAUGCAGCAGCUGUUGAACAGGGUGGAUGGCAAGGAGCUGGCCCCCAAGAGCUGGCGGGAGCCCAGGCCUGAGUAUGGGGAUUUUCAGCCAGUGUCCGCCGACCCCAAGAGCCCCUGGCCUGCCUGUGGGCCCCGGAAUGGUUUGGUAGGCCCCCUUCAGGGCUGCGGAAAACCGUCUGGAAAGCCCAGCAGUGAGCCAGGCAGGCGGGAAGAGAUGCCUUCAGAGGACAGUCUGGCCGAGCCGGUCUCCACGGCACACUUCACAGCCUGUGGCUCCUUGACUCGAACCUUGGACAGUGGCAUCGGGACCUUCCCGCCCCCAGACCACGGCAGCAGUGGAGCCCCCAGCAAGAAUCUCCCGAAGACCAAGUCUCUGCGUCUGGAGCCCCCGCCAGGGGCACCCCCAGCUCGGCCUGCAGCCCUCACCAAAGUCCCUCGCCGUGCCCACACACUGGAGCGGGAGGUGCCAGGCAUAGAGGAGCUGCUGGUGAGCGGACGGCACCCCAGCAUGCCAGCCUUCCCCGGAUUGCUCACCGCUCCACCAGGCCACCGAAGCCAUCAGACCUGCCCUGAUGACCCCUGUGAAGACCCAGGCCCUCCCCCACCCGUCCAGCUGGCCAAGAACUGGACCUUCCCGAACACCAGAGCGGCCUGCAACUCUGGUGACACCUUCCUGUGCCCACCCCGACAACUGCAGGGACUCCCUAGGACCCCCGUGGCCCUGCCUGUGGACCGGAAGCAGAGCCUGGACCCCAGCCGCACACCCAUGCCUCAGGGCCCAGCAUUUGGGGGAAGUCGUACCCCCAGCACGUCGGACAUGGGCGAGGAAGGCAGAGUGGCCAGUGGGGGUGCCCCCGGCCUGGAGACCUCGGAGUCCCUAAGCGACUCACUCUACGACUCGCUGUCCUCCUGUGGGAGUCAGGGCUGAGGCGAUGCAGCCACACGGUUCCUCUGGAGCUGGGGUCCCCAGACUAGUGAGGCUUGAUCUGAAGGGACCCAGGAGAAGGUUGAUAAGAAGGUGCGGGGUCCUGGGCACACCCCACCGCUGCUGUGGAUGCGUCAACCAUACUCAGCUCAGGGAGAGACCCCACCCCUGGUCCCUGGACUCACCCCGAGGAGGCUCUUCUCUAAGGGACCAGGGGCUCCAGGCUGCUUUGCUCCCACUUCAGGCUGAGCCAUCUUGUGGUGCUGGGCUUUCUGCCCGCCAGCUGUGCCACCUCUGCCCAACCUGGCUGCAACCCUGCCCCGAAGCCCCCAUGGGGCCAACUUUGGAAGGCCCAGGCUUGUGGAGUUUGGGGGUGAGGGGGGACAAGUUGCCUUCUCUCUGCCCUGGUCCUCCCUGCUGUCUGAAUGGUGCUGCCUCCCUUCCCCAAGACUUGGGGUCUGUUUGUCUGUCUUCAUCUUUGUUUUUAUAUAUAUAUAUAUAUAUAAGCGCCUGACCCAGUCCCCACACCCUACCCGCACUGCGGUUAAUUUAUCUGUUGUUGAAAAGCGGCUGCUCUGCUUCUGCAGUAUCCCCAAUAAAACAUGGAGGCCUCUCCCCA